AUGGCGGCUACCGGCACCAAGGGAAAGCUCCUACGAGUUAUAGAUGAUAUGGAAAUCAUCGCCAAGGAAUUGGUGGACAAUUUCUUGGCUCCUAAGUCCCAGAAACUGAGUAGUGCGGAGCACUAUCAUCUCGGGGAGAUCCUCGUCGCGAAAGACCAGGAGUUCAAAGAUCUCCUCCAGCAAGCUCGUCAGCAAGAGAAGGUCGAGGAAGUCAUCGAAGCUCUACAAGAGGAAGUCGACCGUCAGGACAAAGACAUCCAUACACUACAAAGCAAUCUCAAGGAGGCCGAGAACCUACUGGCGACCGCAAUUUUCCAAGCGAAACAAAAGCUCGAGUCGAUCAAGAAAGCUCAGGAGAACCAGGUCUCCUCAGAGGAAUUGAUCAAAUAUGCACAUCGGAUAUCCGCCUCGUCUGCGGUCGCCGCGCCUCACAAUUGGCAGCAGGGAGAUGUGCGACGCCCAUAUCCGACAGACAUUGAGAUGCGCCAGGGAUCGUUGGGCAGAAUGUGUGAUCUCCCGCUACCACCUGCUGAAGGACCCCGUGGAAUCCUCGAGGGAAGUUUGGGAACGCCCGUCGGUGGUCCGCCAUCCGGAUUCUCGUGGCAACUCGGAUCUACAUUGUCGUCCCAAGACAUCAAGCCCAAUUUGUCUUCCCUGGCCCUGCAGACGGGACUGGAGACGAAGAACGAAGACGUCGAAGUUAUGUCGACAGAUUCCAGUUCGUCAUCAAGCAGCGACAGCCAAUGAGGAUAAUCCUAUCCCAUCACAAUGUACAUGAGCAGGUUUUGUAAAUAAGAUCAGGAUUUU